UCUGCAUGGCGUAUGCAUGAGGCCAUAUCUGUGCACAGGAUGAAGGGAGAGCUUUUUACCACUGCGAGAUCGUAAACAUCAUGAUUUACAGCGCACAUGCGCGCAUACCAUGCACAACCAUUGCCACACGUGUCGUCUACCGGGCAAGAUAAUGUAUUUAAGGGACGAUGAGACUUCACCUGGACAGUAAACCUCGUCCAACAUUUGAGAGGCACAAUUGCAUUCGCUGUGACAGCCAUGCAUGCCCUGGUCGUUCUCGUAGUCCUGGCUACUUUUCUGGCUUUAUCAUCAUCGGCCUCAGACUCUUCUGCUCUCGUCGCCAAUGAAUGCUGCCAGCAGAAGGUUGAAGUAGGCAAAUGCAAAGCAAGCAUCCCGAGGUGGGCCUUCAAAACGGAAACAGGGAAGUGUGAAGAAUUUACCUGGGGUGGCUGUGAAGAAAACUGCAACAACUUUGAAACUAAGGAGGCUUGCGAACAGCGAUGUAACCCACCUCACUAGUCUUAGGUUAAAUCAGGACCCGUCAUUCGUGGGACUUCAAGGUGAAUGGAAACAAUAAAAUUGUGCUGGUCUGCAUAAA